UUAAAACGCACGUGCUGAGCCAUUUUUCUGCAAAUUAGAUCUUUUUUUUUGCUACGUCCUCGCUGCAUGCAGUAUAAUCGUUAAUAUGGAUAAAGUGUACUAAUCAUAAUAUUCCCUAACUUAACGGACUACCUCGACUGCCGAUGUCUUGCUGCAGAGGUAAAAUAAUCAUUCCCUUGUGCGGAUACGUAACUCAGUUUGUAUCGUACCAACAUGGGGUUCAAGAAACAAAAAGCUAGCAGAUGGCGAAAAUUAAACGCCAUCUUCGCUGCAGCGCUGAAGAGAAUGGUCCUCCCAAAGCUGUGCCAAAUAGCAGUGGCACUCAUCGUGUGUAAGGUGUUUUCCAAUGCUAGCGCAAAACAAUGUAGCGUGGGUGAAGUCUCCAAAUUUGGUAUGAUGCUUCAACGUCACACCUUUAAAAGGAUCACGGGAGCUGCCCGGGAGAACGUGUGUUACCAUGAGUGUGUCGCUAACAUCCGAUGCCGAAGUUUCAACUACGUUUUCACUCAAAACAUUUGUGAAUUAAAUAACCGCAGCAAGGAGGCUGCGCCUGAGGAUUAUGUUCCGAACCCCGAGCGGUAUUACUUCAAACGGGAACAGAACAGAAUCGCUCUCGGUUCCAUUCCUGAGCUGCCCGCAGAGACUUGCCAGGAAAUCAAAAUGAGUGAAGGAGGACAUGUGGUCAGCGGCAGAUACUGUUUUUUUUCGAUUGUACCCGGAAAGACUGUUCAGUCUCCAUGUGACAUGAAAACUGAAGGUAACUGAAAUCAUAGUUUUUUUUUUCAUAUUAUUGCCCCCUGAGACAAAGGAGAACUCAGUGAAAAAUAAUUGAACCAUAUACUGACCUGUUGACAACAACAAACCCAUGUAAGGCAUCCAAGAAACUAAACUUGUUUUUCCUCAUCUAAGGUCUUGUUGAAAGUAAAGAGUUUUAAGAAUUUUUUAGAUUUGCACACCUUUCCGUGACAGUUGUUUUUGAUUAGCAUAACAAACAUGUUCAAAUGGUUUCUAAGUGACG